AUGCGGGUUGUUGGACCCAAGAACCAAACCGUUUGCCUGAGGCCGUUAAGCGGAAUGCAGACAGUUUGCCUUUCACGGUUUAAUUUGCUUAUUUUCAUACAAGUUAUAAUCGGACACGCUGAGAAGAGGAUUUUGCUGAAUGACCCAGACGUGAUCUUGUCUCAGAUCCAUGACCUGGAGAGAAAGUAUCAGGAAAUAUUAGUGAAGUACUCAGAUUUAUCUACAAAGUAUUCUGAUUUAUCGACGAAGUAUUCAGAUCUUGCGACAUUAAAAACUUCCGCCAGUGGGGUGUUUGUACGGUGGGGACGAAAGGAAUGUCCUUCAGAUAACGAAACAGAACUGGUUUACUCAAGAUUUGGCGGAGGAUCUUGGUAUGAUCACACUGGUGCUGCAGCUGAAUUUGUCUGCUUGCCACCCGACCCUAACCUGACCACCAAUUUUACCUCUUCUUACUCUUUUAUGUAUGGAGCAGAAUACGAUUCGACUGACUUUGGUCUGCAUGAUGGAGACGACUUGCCUUGUGUGGUUUGUAGAAGGAAGACACAGUCGAGCGUGUUGAUGAUUCCAGGAAAGAACAGCUGCUACUCGGGGUGGACUGAACAAUAUCACGGAUACCUGGCAAGCGGAUACUAUGCAAGUAAGGCAGCGUCACAGUACAUCUGUGUUGAUGAACAUCCUGAGGCCCUAAGAGCAGGAGAGCGUAACGACAAUGGAAAAUGGGUCCACUCCGUCAAAGCGGUGUGUGGCUCGCUGCCAUGUCCUCCUUAUCAUAAUAAUAUGUAUCUAACGUGUGUUGUGUGCACAAACUGAACACAUU